CGGCCCAUAUUUCCCUAUGAAUGAGCCACCUUUUUUCCAACAUAUAAAAUGGCUGGAUUGGAUCACCACUGGCAUUGGACUUCCUUUGACUCUAAUAGUGAUAGUUGCAAUUUUUCUACAGGUGAAAAAGGAUCAGGGUGUCCCAGUCUACGUCAUCAACCUUCUCUUUUCUGAUCUCGUUCAAUUCUGUGGCAGAAUAAUAGAUUACUUUAAUACUCCUAAUGGCAUCACAUCUUUUGGUUUAAUGGCCAGUGUUGGAUUCAUGGUCUGUAUCUCCUUAGAAAGGUAUUUGGUCAUCGCCAAGCCACUGUGGUACAGAUUCAGGAGAAACAUCAAGACCUACGUGGUGGUCUGUGUGGUGGUCUGGACUCUUCCUCUUCCAAUUCUGCUAACUUUGAAUCUGACCACUGAUCCUACCAUUGGUUCUAAUAUUAUUGAAAAAGUCAUACCUGGUGUGUUCCUUAUGCCCAUUACAUUCUUCAUCUUCUUCUUGGUUGGGACUAUUAAAGCUCUGUCUGGAGCCCUCAGUGUCCCAGCAGAAGAAAAAAGACGAAUCGUAGCCAUUCAGGUUGCGGUGCUGCUAAUUUACACUCUGCUUUUCCUGCCGAACAUUCUUCCUUUCCUGUUUCCUGAAAUCGGUUCAAUUAUUUUUAUACUGAGCCCAGUGUGUCUCAUUCUUAGUCCCAUUGCAGACACAACUCUGUAUUUGUUAACUCGUAAAAGCAUCCUGGAUAAGUUUCUGGCUUCACUCUGUUCUUGUAAAGCAUCAGACAAUCAGGAGAUGAGCAGCAAGGAUACUGAGAGCACGACUGCUCCACACACUGAGACUGUUUAGGGUUUAAUAUCUGGA